CAUAAUUUUUUGCAUUCAUUAACAUCUGUGACCCCUGACGCGUAUACCAUACAUCAUUUUGGCCUUCUGACAAAAUAUUAAAUUGUGAUGCCUGUAAAUAAAAUGUGAUUGUUCACUGACUAGCGAGUUGCGGAAUGGACUUUGCAAGUGUUAUUUCCAACAUUUUCGGUGGAGUAUGUCCGGUUUCGCUAUUGCAAGGUUCCGAGGAGGAUAGCUCCUCGGUAUUUUCUGGGUACUUGGCCAAAGUUGAUACCUGGUUGGAAAAUAAACUUCAAAGUCAUUCGUUUGAUGAGGCAGCGAAGGAGAACGAAGUCACUGAGGGACGUUUGGGUCCUAAACGCACUAUCUUUGAUGUGACGGAGGAUAGUUCCAUUUUAGUGUCGAAGGAUAAAUUGACCUUGCAAUCCCAGAACGCAUUCUCGACUGUGAAAGCGAAUUGCUGUAUUUACUCGGGUCGAUGGAUGUACGAGGUUCAGCUACGGUCAAAAGGUGUGAUGCAGAUUGGGUGGUGCUCUGCUCACUGUAAAUUCACCCAGGAUACGGGAGUCGGUGAUACUCGCUACAGUUAUGGCCUCGAUGGAAGCAAGCAACGAAUUUGGCAUGUCCACACACAAAAAUAUGGCCCAUUUUGGCGGUCAGGUGAUAUAUUUGGUGUUUGCAUUGACAUGGAUGAAGGAAAAAUUGAGUACUAUCGGAAUGGUGCGGCUCUUGGAGAAGCAUUUAAGGAUAUUGAACGAGGACCAGGACUGGCACUGUACCCAGCCGUAUCUCUGGCUUUCAAUGAUAGUCUUACUGCCAAUUUCGGUGGAUCUCCGCUUAAAUACCCUAUCAAAGGAUAUUGUCCUUUGCAGGAACCGCCCAAUGUUUUUCUAUUUCAAGCAGAUUGUCUUUUGCAGUAUUUAGUUAAUCUUUCCGGUAUUAUUUCUCGCCAUUCCCCGAAUGACCUAAACGCAACCUGUUCCCAAACGAUUCCUUUGACAUUUGAAACCAUUUAUAUGCUGAUUGCAUCGAUGUUGAUUGAGAAAAUAGCUCCACUACUGGCUAAUUCCUAUGUCGUUGAAGAUAAAGUCUUCAAAUACAUAAAAGGAAUGUGUGUUUUGCGAAGCAACACCAAAAAUGAACCACCCACUCAACCCGGUUUUCCGGAGAGUACCCUCGGAACAUUCCUCACCCUUCUCUGGACAUACCUGGAGCUGGAGGAGAUGAAACUUUUCCUUAAAAAGUUGCUCAAUUUUCUCGCUAAUACGUACAAGGAAACUCCAGUGGAUUUGGAAUAUGAAAAACAGAGAAAAAUCAUUGUCAUUCUUACCUGCAUCUGCCAGCAUCCACAAACGCGGAAGUAUCUAUUGGAGUACAAAUUUUUCAAGAAAAACUGUCUGCCACUAUUUUUGUACACUAAGCCUCCGGACGAAUCAACCCUGGAACAGCUCCUGCCAGACGAUACCAUUUGGACGGAAGGAUUGGGUGGAUCCCGGGAGCUCUAUUUGGCCGCAUGUGACCGAUUGAAAGCGCACACGAGUGUGCUUUAUACGCUGCAGAAGAAUUUGAUACUUAUUUUGCUCAACAAUAGUGACGGUACAAACAAAGGUUCUCCAUCGAGUCGGCGUAUUUUCGUCACCAAACUGCGCAAGUUUGUGAUGGAUAACAAUGCUGAGAUGAGGGGUCUCUUUUCUUCUUCGACCCAACCAGCAAUUGGUUUAUCGUUUCUUUGUGCACUGUUGGACGUGGCACGUACACUGUGGAAUGAAGAAGUCGUAGCCAAUAGUGAAGACACCUCAGCACCACCGUACAUCGACUAUCGAUUUUUCUAUGAUGGAACUUUUAAAUAUACGAACAUCGAUCGUAUUGGUGGCGUUCUGUCGUAUCUGAGGAAACAUUUUCGCACCCAACUCGUUGAAAGGUUGGGCGAGGAUCAUCCGAGUCUGACGGCCAUUGAUCAACAAUCAGAUCUUCGGAAUGAAAUAGCUGCUUUUAAUGCAUUUCUGGAUUCUGCAAUGUUCUUGAUAUCUGGUGGACCAAAUGCAACGUAUUCUUUGGUGUCGAGAGCGGCCUCAAACGUUGCUUCGGAAGUUCAUCAACACGGAGAGUCUUCGCUGGGAUCCAACCGAACUGCUACUGGUGGACCGAUCAACGGUGGAAAUAUGGAUGUACGUCUGUCGAUCUGUGAUCUGCUCGAUUGUUCAGUUAUUUUCUAUUAUGCUGUCGCUCAUAAAUACGUAAUCAUGAUUGCCGAUCUAAGGGAUAACAUUUGCCACCUGUCGGAUAUUUUGGUCGAAACCAAGACCAACUGCGACGAUGUCGUGCACAAUCUGGACGAACUGAAGCGCUCCAGUGAUGGCGGGUUCAGCAAAACCCACGAAGAAUUGGUGCACGAACUGGACUCGCGGUUUGGCCAACGGAAAAGUAUAUUUGCUAAACGCUCAAUGGAACUAGCUCGGAAGCAAGCUUGGUAUCGUUCGGUUGCUCUCGGAAGUCACCGCCGAAACCUGCUCUGCUGGUUGAUGGGAAUAAUUUGUGAAACUCUACAACGCUUCAGCCAAGACGAUGUCCUCUUUUCAUUUUUACCGGAAACCUACGUGAACGUCGUCCCAGUAUUGCUGGAUACUAUCCUCGACUUCAGCUUUCACGACACUGCCUUACAGCACGAUUUGUCCGCGGAUAGUUCGUUGAUUAAUGCAGCAGCUGAAUUUCUGGCCCAGCAUCUGGCCGAUUCUCGUGUGAUUUUGGCAUCCUGUAAGGAUGCUCUAAUACAGGCUCUUGGAUCCUUGACAUGUCAUGAGGCCGGAAUCCGUUCGCUGGAACAAGCAUCGCCUAAAAGUCAACUAGCGUUCAUCAGAGCUUUACUCAGACCGUACGAGAAUAGAGCCUGGGGACAAAGUAACUGGUUAUUGCUCAGAUUUUGGUUAGGGGAUGGUUUUGCCUACCGGGAAUCGAGAGCACCGUGCGUUUGGCAGGCCGGCAAAAAGCAGACACGGUCCCUUGGGUUGUAUCGCAGCAGGGCUAAGAAUGGAACACAUACUGGGCUGCUACACCUGAUUGCUCCGGCUUGUCCUUCCAGUCAUUUUCAGCGAAUGAUCAGCAAGAUGCUGAGCAAGGAUGAACCGUACUGUACUACGUUUUUGAAUUCGGUUCUUUCGCAGCUGAAUUGGGCAUUUUCGGAGUUUAUUCACAUUCUACAAGAUAUACAAAAUGUUUCCCUGCGAGAAGAACAGCACAUGAUCGAGACAAAGCAGCUGAAAAUUUGUUCGAUGUGUUUCGAGCUGACCGUUUCGUUGAUGCGUGCCCUGGAGAUGAUUGUGACCAUUAAUCCUGGUUUGUUGCAGGACGCAUCCCGUGCCAAUAGUGAAAUUAUUCUAGGUCGAAUCUGUCAGCUCGCCAUCCAAGUUCUCUCCCGGGUUACCGUUCCGCCCGGAUGUUUCCAACACGUCAUGGACCUAUGCUUGCCGGAUCUGAGCAAUGUAACUCACUUUGCGAUCAUUAGUGCAGCCGUCGGUAUUCUGUUGGCUUUGAUGAAAAAUGAACUGGGCAGUGAUGGAAGCAGUAGUUCGAGUAACGCCGAUAUCACCGUUACGAAAAUUCCGCGGGUCAGCAAACACCUGUUGACGGAUACUAGUUUUCACAUUACUAGUUUGGAGUUUGCACUGGGUGAAAUAAAGACGCCAAUCGCUACGACAACCCAUGAAGCUCCCAGAGGAAAUUUCGACCCAAAAAUGAGGGCUCAUAUUGACCCACUGACGAACGAGGUGCGAGUUCCUUCUCCCUUCCGGGCGAUUGUCGGUGUAAAAGAGAUUGUACCCGAUCCUCCAAUCAUCAAAUUCAACAUGGCGGAUUAUCCAAACCACGUAACCGACGAAGAAUUGUGUCGCGUAAGACGUCUGAUUGAAAUUCUUCAACUCAGACAGACCCUACUGUCAGAAAUCACCGUAUUCUCUGAAGAAUCGUUGUGUCCCAUCUGCUAUGCUAAACAAAAUUCAGCCGUUUUUGAACCAUGUCAACACCAGUCUUGCGAAAAUUGCAUUAUUCAGCAUCUGAUGAACAGCAAGCUCUGCUUCUACUGCAAACUGUUGAUCGUUAAGGUAGAACGUGCAGACGGAAUUGUCAUUUACGAGAAUAGCGUCCCGCUCAAGACUCCCUCAUUACCGCAGAUAACGAGCAGUUCUUCGCAGAUCGAUGUCUCCGUCGAUGAAAACGAUGGACCCAGUAGUAGUGUUCGGUCGUAAAAUCACUAGCCAUUUUACAUUAUUCAUUCUAGCCAUCUGCUUGACGCCACCAUGAACGAAUCUAGUCAAAAUCGCUAAACGCACCUAGCUUAGAUAUCGAAUCGACCCAUCCCAUUGACUUUGGACGAAGUGCCAUUGCAAAUGAUUAUAAAGACAUUUUUAUACGUUCUUAUAUUUGCUUGAUGCUUUUUAUCCAAAUGAAUUUACACGUUUCAUUGUAAAA